CGGGCAUUUUCAGGUGGCCGUCUUCAGGUCAACCAUCUCCAGCAUGGCAUAAAUUCACAAACCUUCAAAGCGCAGGUUGCCGUCGGAUCGUGGUACAACACUCCUCUUAUGAAUGAUCUUGGUGCUGUCACAUCAAUCAUGCACACGAAGAUGGUAAAGGGCAAAGGCAAGGCCUUGGGGAAGGGAAAGAGCAAUGAGAUUGUUAUCGAGUAA